AUGGAACUGUUGAAAAUAAAGCAUAGGAAUAUAUGUGCUUAUGAAGAGUUCUUCAUCAUCUGGGACAAUCAGGUUUCCUCUCUCUUUCUUUGCCUGGUGAUGCACUAUUCCAAUCAAGGGGAUCUUUCAUCUCUUAUCAAGGCCAAGAGGCUAAAACACGAGAGGUUUCAGACCAAGGUGAUUCGGAUGUUCUUAGGACAGAUAGUAGAUGUAUUAGUUUACAUCCAUCGGCAAAAUAUUUUUCACCGAAAUCUCAAACCAUCUAACAUCCUUUCAACUGGGGAGGCAUCUUUCAUGGUCUGCGAUUUCAGCUCGGAAACCCUCAUGCUAGAUGAGAUGAAAUGGAAGAUAAGAGUGGAAGAAGAGCCUGACUCUAAAUGCUGGAUGGCUCCAGAGGCACUCAAUUUUUCCUUUAGUGACAAGUCCGACAUUUGGUCGCUGGGCAGUAUUCUGCUUGACAUGAUAACCUGUUCUUAUGUGAAGGUAUGUCAUUCCUGUUACAGUAGUAUAAAGGGUUGCAAAUUUAGGUCUUGCGAGGUGAUUGUAAGGAUGAUUGAAACAAUGAAAAAGCCUAUGCUGUUAUUGCACAACAUUAAGAAGGAGGCCGGUGCUCUUGAGGAGGCUGUGAGCACCAUGAAAUUUCUGGAUACCUCUUUGUCCUCCCUUCUGUUUCUGAUGUUGAAAAUUGAUCCUUCUCUGAGGCCGACUGCAGAGGAGCUGGUUAAAAAUUCAUUUAUCAGAGAAUGCCUCACUGAAGCUAAAUCCCACCUAAUAAAGGUGAAGAAGAAACUUCCUCCGGGCUUCCCGGAGGUAAUCCAGGCUGGUGGGAUCCAGACAGUUCUAGAGUUCAUGAUUUCUUACCCGGAAAUUGAGGAAGCGCAAGAAAAGUGUAUCGAACGUCUUAUCAGCCUGUUGAAAGAGGAAAAGGUCGGUGUAAAAGUGUUCCUUCGACUUGUGGAUCCUGUGAUUUAUGCAAUGGACAAACACAUUGAUUCUCUUGAUACACUGUUAGCUGGAUUUUCUUUGCUGCUUGGGAUCACGGGGAGAGCUGUAGGUCAGAACUUGAACGUGGAGAUCCUGGCCGGCAAAGACAUUUUCGGCUGCCUGCUGAAUUCGAUGAGGUUCCAUUCAGACAACGAAGAGCUUCUUUGCAUGAUCUGCACCUUAUUUAUGAUGAUGUCUUCCAACGAAGCAGCUGCAGAAGCCCUCCGGAGAGCCAACAUGUUCACUGAGAUCUUGACCAUCUUGAGUAAUUUUGCUCAUAACAAAGAGAUCUGUCUUGCUUGUUGUAGCAUCAUUUGGACCCUGGUUGUAAAUGUAGCCGACGUGGCCGAGAUCCCACUGAAAUAUGCCACUGAACUGGUCUCCAUCAUUUUCCACAUGCAUCUCUGCCACAUGGAAGUCGCAGAGGCAGCCUGCAGCGCGUUUUGGGCCCUUUCUCUUUAUGGCUGCAUAGAUGAAGUGAACUAUGAGCCCUAUUCUCUGCUUCUGCUUGAAGCUCUAAGGCAACACCCUGGCAGUCCGGUGCUGGUGAAGAACGCUUGCCUGACACUGGCAAGUCUCUUGAGGACAUCCGAGUUAUCAGGUUUCCGAUUCAUAGUUACUGAUGAGAAGGGCAACGGGAUAAUCCUGCUAAAGGACUGUUACCAGAUCCACCGGGAGGACCCCGAAGUGGUAGAAGACAUUUGUAUCCUGAUUGAUGAGAUGUUUAAAUAUGAUGAAAUUGUUGUGGAGAUGGUUUCCCAGGGCAUUACGGAAAUGCUGACGGAAAUGAAGAACAGGUUUACUUCUAGUUUGGAAAUAGUUGCCCUGUCAGAGAAGGCACUCUCAAAACUGCAAAAGAAAGGUGAAUGUAUUUUUAUUUAGACAUGUCUGAAUGUUUCAAAUGUACGCACUUCUUAAUAAAAUAUAAUUUUUACUCAAUCUUCCCACAGGGCUUCUGAUUGAAAUAAGGCACGAUUCCUGAUAGAAGACUGACCUUUUCUCCCCCAUCAAUUAUCUCAAGAUGAACAGGAACCGGAGUGAAAGGCUCUAGCUUCUUUUAUACCACUUCAGUAUUUAUUUGUGAAAUGUUGAAGCGCCUAUGUUUUGUUGAAAGUGUUACUUUAAAGGUUACAUAGUUAAUAAAUAGGAAACUACAUG